AUGUUUUUGUUUAAAUAUAUAUUAAAAGAACAGAAGCCAAAUUAAAAGAAUUUGUAUUUGUUUUGAAUGUGUUUUAAGUAUUAAAUAAUUGAAAAAAUCACCUUAAUGUUAACAAAAUAGUUGCAAAAUGUCUGACCAUCAACAUGAGCCUCACGGACUCGAAACAGAUUUAACAUCAAAUGAUUCAGAUGUUGAAUGUUCUCAAAGUGUGUGCUCCGAUACACAUUCAGACAAUACUUCUGUACACACUGACAAGAGCACAUUGUCUGAAUCAACUAUACAUGCAGUAGUUGGAGGAAGUGAAUCUGAAAAUGUAUCUGCCUUACCUAAUUUGCCUUUGGAAAAAAAAGUUCCAAAUGUCUCGGCAAUAAACCGUAGUAUGCUACUGCCAUGGGGAGCGCAAAAAGACCGAGUAACUCAACUUUUACUGAUGGGUCAGAGUGCCGAGGGCGAAGUGCGACCCGGAGAGUUUGUAAUGCGCAGUCUGUUCCAAGAAUUUACCAUUUUGGCCGAGAAAAAGAUUGAAAAUGUCAUGACAGAGCCACAGGAGAAACCUUUAUCAAAAACUCUUCAGAGGGGUGAAGAUUUACAAUUUGAUCAGUUAUUGGGUGCUUUUGGGUCUGUGGCCGAGCAUUGCCUUCCCUCUUUACUGAAAGCUCUUUUUUCUUGGUAUGAAAGGCAAAUGUCCGAAGUAUCUAAUCCGGAACAAAAGAAGAGCGAUAUCAAACAAAAAAGUAUUAUUAACAUCGUGGCAGGAAAUACGACUGAAACCCCAGAAAGAUCCGAAGCGGAUAUUCAGAAAGAGAAAAGAGAUUUGGCUGUGGAGUUUAUAUUUUGUUUGGUAUUAAUAGAAGUUUUAAAGCAGCUUUCGUUUCAUCCAGGUCAUGAGGAUUUAGUUCAGUAUAUUGAGAACUUAGCUUUAAAACAUUUUAAACAUCAAGAGGGCAUUCAAAACAAUCCAAAUAGUACCAACAUUCAUAUGAUAUGUGACCUAUAUGCAGAAGUGAUUGGAGUUUUGGCUCAAAGCCGUUUUAUGUCUGUACGUACACGUUUUAUGGCUGAACUAAAGGAGCUGAGGUCAAGAGAACCUAGUCCUGCCACUACUCAUAGCAUCAUUAGCCUUUUAAUGGGCAUGAAAUUCUUUAGAGUGAAAAUGGUGCCUAUCGAAGAAUUCGAAGCCUCAUUCCAGUUUAUGCAAGAGUGCGCCCAGUAUUUCCUGGAAGUGAAAGAUAAAGAUAUUAAACAUGCCUUGGCCGGUUUGUUUGUCGAAAUCUUAGUUCCUGUAGCAGCGGCUGUGAAAAAUGAAGUAAACGUUCCUUGCCUAAAAAACUUUGUCGAAAUGCUGUACUCACAAACAGUAGACGCCUGCACUAAAGCUAAACAUAGAUUAGCUCUGUUUCCACUGGUCACUUGUCUAUUGUGCGUCAGUCAGAAACAAUUUUUCUUGCAAUACUGGCACUGUUUUCUCGCGAUGUGUCUUUCUCAUUUGAAAAAUCGGGACCCGAAAAUGUGUCGGGUGGCAUUAGAGUCUCUUUACCGCCUACUUUGGGUAUACAUGAUUCGGAUAAAAUGCGAAAGCAACUCCGCUACACAUUCCCGCCUACAAAGCAUCGUGAAUUCGCUAUUCCCAAAAGGUUCCAAAGGCAUCGUGCCUCGCGACACCCCUUUAAAUAUAUUUGUAAAAAUCAUUCAGUUCAUCGCGCAAGAACGACUAGAUUUUGCUAUGAGGGAGAUCGUGUUCGAUCUUCUUUCAGUCGGUCGACCUAUAAAAAUGAUCCUGACCCCUGAGAGAAUGAGUAUUGGUCUCAGAGCCUUUUUGGUGGUGGCGGACAGUUUACAGCAAAAAGAGGGAGACCCGCCUAUGCCGAGAUCUGUAGGCGUUUUACCCAGCGGGAACACUCUACGUGUACGAAAGACUUUCCUAAACAAAAUGUUAACCGAAGACACCGCAAAAAGUAUAGGAAUGAACGCUUAUUUUCCACACGUGCGGCUUGUGUUUGUGGACAUUUUAAGAGCCUUGGACACGCAAUGUGGGCGUCCUUUGAUGAUGACCAAUACGCAAAACGUUAACAAGGAACCUGAUGAGAUGAUCACUGGGGAAAGAAAGCCGAGGAUUGAGUUAUUUAGAACUUGUGUUGCUGCUGUUCCUAGAUUAAUCCCAGAUGGAAUGACCAGCAGUGAACUGGUAGAUCUCCUUAGUCGGUUGACGGUCCAUAUGGACGAAGAACUGCGCGGUUUAUCUUACUGUAGCCUUCAAAGCUUGGUGGUGGAUUUCCCCGAGUGGAGACAGGAUGUUCUUUGGGGUUUAACCCAAUUUGUCGCUAAAGAAAUUUCUGACACCUUUCCCCAGCUGAUGGAUCAUGGCUUAAAAAUGAUUCUGACCUUGCUUUGUGCAUGGAAAUCGGCUUUAACCAAUACUCCUUUGGUUACUGGAACACUUAGAAUUGGGAAAGAGUAUAGCGAAAUGAAGUCAACAACCCCAGAUCCGAAUCUCACCAAAAAGACUGAUAUUGGUAAAUCAGAGCCUCUUUCCUCCGUCCUUCAUCUCGUGGAGGCAUUUGCUGUAGUUAUGCUAUGCAAUUAUAGGUUAACUUCCAGACGUUUGUGUGUUCUCAUUCUUAAAGAAGUAAAAAGUCUUUUGAAACUCCUUGGCUGCUCUGAAAAUGUGCCGGUCAUCGACGUUUUGGAUCAAAAUUGUGCCUCUAUCUUGGAGAGGUGUUUGCCGUUAGUUUCUCCGGCAGACAAAGCGGCUAUACAAACAGCUACUAAUAUAGAUUUUCAAUGGCUUGCUGACAGAAACUCGUCUACCUGGACAAUGGGGCUUAUAGAAGAAGGCUCAAAUAAAAACCAGAUACCUUAUACAUUUAACGUAAUAGAUCCUUGGAGCGUAUGUCUUUUUGGAUUCUUAGAAAAAGAUAAACUGUUAAGCUUGUGCCCUAUUAUGACAUUGCAUUCCUGGCCAAUUGUUUAUACGAGACUUAAUGCUCUAUUUUCAGUGGUAGAUCCAACCCCUCUAACCGACAAUAGAGCUUCGUUGCUUCGUAGUGCCACGGCCGUAAAGAAACCGCAAUCAGAAAGGGAUCCGUACAUGCAUCUUUGGAAAAACUAUAUAACGUUUGCUUUUAAGGUGGUCCCGCUAAUUUCCAAUCCGAUAGUGAGGUGUGCUAGCCCCGAUUUAAGUUUAAGCUCUUCUCCAGACAGUUUAAGCCAAGAGAAAAGCGAAACUAAACUAUCCGCCAGCAUUUCUCCGAGCGCUCUCUAUAAACUGGUUAUUCCGCAUCUUAGGUGUGAAGUGACCGAUAUUCGUGAUGCGGCAGUUUAUGCUGCUGGUAGUAUUAAUGGACAUGCUUUAAGGGAUCUUUUGGAAGAAUUAACGCCUUAUAUAAGGGACGCCAUUGAUAAAAAACAAGAAAAUGUCAGACGGAGACGUAGGAGAGAUGCAUUAAGACUACAAAUUAUGAGACUGUUAGAAUAUAUUGCCGAAAACGAGACGUUUGGUGUUAGUUCCUGUAGUAUAGAUAAAGACUCGGGUGGCCUACAUGCCAAUUUAGUGGAAUUCAUCGAAGGAGUACGCUACUAUUUAGAGAAUGAGUCUGACAAGAACUCCACUAGCGUACGAGACUUGACAUAUCAUUUCUGUUACUUUCUGAUUAAAUUAAUUAAAAAUUUCAGCCUGGAUAUAAGAAGAAGUCUUCUAAAGCGAGACUUAAGAAAAAGCCUCUUUUCAAUUUUCAACCACUGGGUGGGUAAAUACGCGUUGCCAAAUAUGAAAAACAUUCAGCCAGAGGAAGACAUGUCUAAUAAAAAACACAUAGAGUUACAAUUUGCCGCUUUACAAGCUAUGAGUUCGCUUUUGUGUUGUGGACCCUGCUUUGAUAGUUUGACGGAAGAAAGUCCUUAUUAUUUGUGGUUGGACACCUUGCUGAACAGUUCAGAUGAAAAGAUGUAUAAUUUGGCUCAGGAGACUGUAAUAUUACUUUUGGAAUCGAAUCCUGAUGUGUCGCAGUUACUGGAUUGGCUGGUGGAUAAGUGUUAUACCGGAUCAUCGAAAGUUGCUGAUUGUUGUUUUUUGGCGUUGGCUACUAUAUUUAGCACAAGAGAGUACCCAUGCGAUCAUUACACCGCUAUUAUCAAUGUUACCUUAAUGAAUACAGGCUGUUCUAGACAAAAUGUCAGGGAUACAGCGUUACAACUUCUGCAGUUACUUGACAAAAGAUUCUUUGGUAGCGUCGGACCUUUACAAGAAACCGAUUUGGUGCAAGGUGAUAAAGGUCGGGAUACUUUAGAUGCUAUUUUGGCAACAUCUUACUGUCGCUCACAAAUCCAUCUUUCUAGCCAGUUAGCUUUGUUACAUCCCGAGCUCACGAUGCCUAUGUUCUCCGAGAUUACGUAUAGAUUUCAAACUGCUCGCCCUGAAGUGCGACAAGUGUUGCUUCAAUACUUGAUACCUUGGUUGCACAAUAUGGAGCUAGUAGAUCCGAACAUUCCUCCUAUUAAUCCUCACAUGUAUCAUUUUUAUACAAAUGAAAUGGGCGCAGAAAGAAAAGAAGGUUGGGGGUCAGCAGAGGCUACUGAAAUGGUGCUUAAUAAUAUUUUUUAUAUCACUGCAAAGUUUGGCGAUAAUCAUCCCAAGGAAAUUGAAGAAAUAUGGGGCACGUUAUGCACUUCCUGGCCAAAUAAUAUGAAAAUUAUCAUAAGGUAUUUGAUCAUCAUUUCUGGGAUGGCACCAUGUGAACUGCUUCCAUAUGCAAAACGAGUGGUCCUGUAUCUCGCUAGAGUUCAGCCAGUCAGACUACUAGACGAAAUGAUGCUGGAAUUACAAACCGUCGAGACAUUGAACUGUCUAAUUGAAAGAACCGAAACUCCACCGUUUUAUAGAUUAACCGUAAUGCGUAAAACGUCCAGCCAUUCGGAUGGCACAAAUGGUGUAGCCGGCCAGAGUGAUUGCAGUAGUAGAAACGAUUUGAGUAUUGAAAAAGGAACUAUUCACACUAAAAGGCACAGCGGUGAGGAUCCAUCCAAGUUUGUCACGAAAUCAGAGUCCGGUGGGAACGUAUUUACUGACUUUAGUAUGAAUCGAAAUGAUAAACUUAGAAAUCCAAUGGAUGAUUUAAGUAAUUCUUUGGAAGAAGCAUUGAACGGAGACGAAAUCACUUUAAGAGAAAAAGUAGACAUCCCUCAACCGCAUCCAUUGCCUAUGCCGGAAUUCGGCGGGUAUUUCGCUCCACUCACCGAAUACUUACCAGACACUUCUCAACCCAUUUCCGGUUUCCAUAGAUGCAACGUUGGAGUAAUACUACUUUGUGACAUCGUAGUUGACGGAAUAGAGCUAGACUGGGCAAUCCAUGUUCCUCUUAUGCUUCAUAUCUUGUUUUUGGGACUGGAUCAUAACAGGACCAUAGUGUAUCAACACUGCAAACAACUACUAAUGAAUUUAUUGAUUGUUCUCGCAAACCACAAUGAUCAUUUAACAGUGGCACAUAUUUUAUUAAACAGCCAGUCUAUGCAGCUUGGACUUGGACUGACCACUCCGGUGUUACCGAUAGUUAAUCACGUAUUUACAGAAGUCGAUUCUACGUUUGACGAGUUUCUGUAUAAUCAAGUAGCGCUCACAAUGACUACGGAGCCUUCAACUAAGAAUAAUUUACAAAGUAUUUCUUCUAAGGAAGAGGAAUCUCCUACAGCCGAAGAAAACGACAGCUCUCUGCCACCAGUAAUAGUACUACCAGAAAACUGUGAACCAGUGAUGCCAAUAAAACUAGAUCUGACCACACCUACAGUGAUAAAAUCUCUAAUAGACUUCCUCGCCACCAGGCAAACACCUCUUUGGAACUAUGAAGAUAUCACUGCCAAAGUGUUUACUGUCAAGAGUGCCGAACAAAUCGACAUUUUCUUACAAUACAUCUUAAAAGUCUUCAAGGAUUCCUUACCUAACUCCCACAUCAAUGAAAGAUGGGCCCAGACUGCUUUACAACUUGGUUUGAGCUGCUCCUCCAGACAUUAUGCCGGUCGAUCCCUUCAAAUAUUCAGAGCGUUAAGGGUCCCCAUAACUUCAAGAAUGUUAUCAGACAUUUUGAGCAGAUUAAUUGAAACCGUGGCCGAACAAGGAGAAGAUAUGCAAGGCUAUGUGACUGAACUUCUGCUAACUUUAGAAGCUGCAGUUGAUUCAUUGGAAUCCGACUUUAGGCCCUUGGAUUUAACCAAGGAGAUCUUUAAAUCAACUCCCAAUCUAAACAACAAAGAUGCCAUGUCGUUUAGAAAAAACGCAGAUGGGCUAGCAUCAAAUGCAACGCCUAUUUUAAAUCAUUCUAUCUCAGUGGGACACGCGAGGAGUACAAGUUAUUCCGUUUCUUACGGCUUUAAGAAAUGUUUAUCCGGAGGAGAAGAAAAGAGAAACAGGAAUAGCCAAAAUGAUAUGGAGAAUAGAACGAAGUUUUCUAACAAUUUGUCUCGAUCCAGAUCAGCGCAAAGUUUAAAAAUGCUGGGUGAUUCAGCUAGCCAAGACGACAAACUAACGAUCUUGGCGCAGCUGUUUUGGCUAGCAGUAUCCCUGCUUGAGUCUGAUUAUGAACAUGAAUUCUCUCUAGCGGUUAGACUAUUAGCUAGAGUUAUGCACAGAUUGCCUCUCGACAGACCCGAUGCCAGAGAUAAAGUCGAAAAAUUACAGCAGCAACUCAGGUGGAAUAACUUCCCCGGCGUACACGCCUUGCUUUUAAAGGGCUGUACUCAUCCGAAUCUGUACGAAUCUACCAUAGAACUGCUAUCACAGUUUACGCCGUUAUUAAAUUUUUUGGUAGUAGAUACAUCUCAGAGCACUGCGUUUCCUAUGAACGUAAUAGCGUUAUUGCCCUAUAUGCUGUUAAACUACGAGGACGCUAACGAAUUGUGCAUUAGGGCGGCGGAAAACAUUGCGCAAGUCAGUAUAGAAAAAAGCAAAAAGUUGGAAAACCUGGGCACAGUUAUGAACCUCUACAGUCGCAGAACAUUCAGCAAAGAGAGCUUCCAGUGGACCAAAUGCGUCAUCAAAUACCUUCACGAUACUUAUUCCCAUUUAGGACUGACGAUGCUUUCAUUUCUCGUUGAAAUUUUAGAGAAAGGUCCUAGUAAUUUACAGCUGCCCAUUCUCAACAUUAUCCACUGUGUUUUGCAUUAUGUGGAUCUGGCUACGCCUUCCGCUCAGCCCAUUAAUGCCGACCUGCUUAGGAUCAUUAUUAAAUACAUUGAAGGUCCUCAUUGGAAAGAAUCCCUAAAGAUCCUAAAGUUGGUCGUUAGUAGGUCAAGUUCCCUUGUGGCACCACCUAUAUCUCUGACCAGUCACUGGGAGAGCCAUUUUACCUCUAUACCCCAUCCGCCGACGUUUACUGAAGAUAGCGUUUUUUCUAAAAAAGAACUACCAGGUCGUACAAUGGAGUUUACAUUCGAUUUAUCCCAGACGCCGGUGAUCGGUCGGAGAUUCCUUCACAAAAUUGACGAUGCGGAAAAAAUGAAAACUUCAGUUACGCCCAGGAGGUCCUGUUCUAUUAGUCCGGCGGACGUAAGCAGCCAGAGUGGUUGGAAAAGACCGUGGUUGUGUCAGGGUCGCGUUAGAGAGUGUCUAGUGAAUCUCCUGACAACAUGCGGGCAACGAGUGGGUCUGCCAAAGAGUCCUUCAGUUAUCUUCAGUCAAACAUCCGACCUGAUCGAACGACAAUCCAGCAUGGCUUCCAGUACUGAAGAAGUUUCUGCCGGAAACAACGACAUGAGCGGCGGUUCGAGGCGAGACGACGCCGCUACCGAAUUCGGGGUCUUUAAAGAUUUCGACUUCUUAGAAUAUGAAAGCGAGAGUAUAGAGGGUGAAAGCACUGACAAUUUUAACUGGGGCGUGCGCCGACACCAAUUCAACCAAGGAGAGGACGAUCAGCCCGGGCUGAAACUGGAAGAUAGCCUUAGCGAAAAGACACCAGUGUUGACUGUGAGAAAGGUACAACAUGUGUGUCCGUUUAACCAUAACCGCCAUCUAACCGAAGAGUCGUCAGAUGACGACAUCGAAUCUGAGUCUCCUUUGGACGAAAUAGCAAACGCGCCAGAUUUUGAUAAUAGCAACGCGGAAAGUAGCGCUAUAUUCCCACCAUCCUCUCUAGGUCUUCGAGAACAACAGGCACAUUCUAGCGCUAGAUCUGAUACUAGUGGUUCGAGUGCCGGUGAUUUGGGAGACGUGACUCCUUGUAAUGCUUCCCCAAAUAUUCCCGGUGCGAUAAGCUUGAGGCCUGCUAGAAGUGAAGUCUUGGAUAAUUGGAAUGCCUUUGUUCAAGCCAAUAACUUAUCGACUCCCGAUAACUGUUUACAGUUUUUCCAUCAGCUACAAAACCUCAUCACUGAAAUUUGUAAUUCAACAAUUGAAAUUACAAAGGAAGCUUCCGUAAAUAUGCUGGAUUUUAUUCAGUAUACGUUAGGAACUCAGGCGACUAUUAUACUGCUGACCGCCAGGCUGAAUGCAGUGAUCGAUAUUAUCAAUUAUCGAAUAUCACCCGUCAAUAUGAUAUGGUUUAACACAAUGGCGCUCAGUAAUUCGAGGUUUUACGAAAUUGUAAAGUAUGGUAUGCUGGAAGUGCAGGAACAUCUCGAAACUUUUUGUGAUAAAAGAGAUCAAGCAAUGAUGUACUGUGAUGCAGUUAAAGCAACGCUAAAACUAGAACUUCUAAGUGGUCAACAGCCAGAUGUCCAGCACGAACAAUAUAUAGUGGAUCUGGGAAGAGCGUUGUACAAACUGUUUUUCCAAUUAAUAUUACUGGUAGAGGCCGGCAAUAAGAUUAUCGCUUCCUUGCAUACGUGUUUAAGGAGCGGAGAGUUUAUAGAUGUCAGUCGGGAAAUCGCUAUUAUACGGUCUGCCAUCUUCCGAGCUUCAGAGGACAUGAUUGCGGAUGGGGACGUAUCACCUUCCUCCGCAGUGGGUACAGAAAAUUUGGUGGAAAACCUUUGUUUUCUUAUUGACAACGAAAAAUGGACCUCAGUGGUGCUUUUUUACAAAUAUAACAAGGGGGCAUUUCUCAGAGAGAAUGAGGAGAUAUUCGAUAGAAACAACGAUGUUUUAUCUAUCAUGAAUUUUUAUUGUUCGAAGAUGGUUGAGGAUAGGCCCGAAUGUUUUGUAAUAUCAAACCAGGACUUGGAGCUCCAAGGGGUUUAUACUAGGAUAUAUCAAGUAUCCGCUGCCGUGUCUGAUUUGAAUGAUAAUUUUGAGCGACGAGCCCAAAAUAGCAGCAAAUCAUCUGUCGAAACCAAUAAAUGAAAGAUCACGAUUUAACGUGACCCGAGUAAUCUCAGUAUGAUGUCAAGGAAAAAUGACAAAGAGUUAAUACGUAGUACCAUAAUAAUAGUUACCUAAUGCACUAACAUAUUAACGAGCAAUUAUACUAUUAGUUAUAGUACAUGAUCUAUUACUAUUAAAGUAGAUAAAUAUUACCACUGAAGAAAUCAAAAAUUUCUUGUUAAAAAUAGUCUCCGAUUUCGGUAUAAUAAGUUAAUAUGUUCUCGUAUACGAGUAGGAAUAUAUCAUGACAUUUUUACGUAUUUUUUUUUAUAUUACAUUCUAUCAUCUUAAUAUAAAUUUAUAUGUACUCUG